UACAGGUGUUCGGACUGUAGGCAGACUGAAGAAACUACGCUGAUGGAGCCAGAAGAACAGAUAUAUGUCAACCUAGAGGAGCUGGGUGACUACAGAACUGAAUACCAUAGACCAGAGGAAACUGAAACCAAGCCUGUGAGAACUGAUGCUGUGGCUGGGGAAGAAACUGAAACCUGGCCGCCUUUUAAAGUGACUACAGUUUGUCUAGGACUGCUGUGUCUCCUCCUGCUGACCACAGUCAUAGGACUCGGCGCCGUAUAUGACAGAGACUUUAAACAACUGUCCAGAGACCUGGCCAAUCACACAGCAGAGAAAGACCAGCUUCUGGUCAGAUACCAGAACCUGACUGAUGAGAGAGACCAGUUACAAACAAUUCAUGAGCUGAACAACAAACUCGGAACAUGUCCUCAUGGAUGGAGGCAGUUUGGUUGCAGUUGUUACUACUUGUAUACAAGAAAGAGCACAUGGGCUAACAGUAGACAGACAUGUUUGAGCCAAGGAGCAGACCUGGUGAUCAUUGACAGCCAAGAAGAGAUGGUGUUUCUGAACAAGCUUGGAGCUCGUUUGAAGUUUUGGAUUGGUUUAAGUCAGUCAUCCACCCAUAGAUACCUAAGUACAUGGGCGUGGGCUAACGGAAGAUCAUUUGUGACCUCGUACUGGCAAAAUGACCGCCUAUCAUAUGACUACUACGGUGGAGGACAGUGUUGCGCAGCUUUUAACAGCUUUAACUCUAACUGGAGGAUUAAGUCAUGGAGUAGUGAGGUCUGUAGUCAGGUACUACAGUGGGUAUGUGAGAAACAAGCUCAAAUGUCCUUUCUGUCCUAGUAAAUCUGUGAUUUUAAGAGAUCAUAUUUAACCCAGUAAUGUCCACAAUGUAAUUUUAUCAUUUCCUUUAGAGUUGGUUCUAGCUGAGCUAAGCACAGUUCACAGAGUAUGGGGCUAAGUCAUUAGUGGCUACAGUGUAAGAUAUAUUACUGUAAAUUCACAGCACCUUACAGUAAUUAUUAGUAAUAUACAUGAAAAUCACAGUAAUGUAUUGUGUUUCUACAGUAACUGGUCACAAUGUACAGUAACUGUAAAAAAUACAGUAAUUUAACGUGAAAUUACAAUAUGUUAUUAUAAUAAUCAUCAUAGUUAUAAGUUAACUAUGAUGUUGUAAGUUCACAAUAAUUUAUAGUAAUAUUACAGUAAUGUAUUGUGUUUUCACAGUAACCGGACACAAUAUUACUGUAAAAACAAAUUUCUUUAUUGCUAAAUUACAGAAUGGUGCUGUAACCUAAUCACAAUAAUUACUUGUGAACAUUUUUACUGUAUUAUUACUGCAACUCAGUAGCCAGUAUAUUCCUGUAAAUUUACAGUAUGUGCAUUACAUUAAAAUACUGUAAUUUUACAUAUAAACUGUAGUUUACAGCAACGCAUUGGCCCAUAUCACUGCACAUAUUUUGGUUUUUUAGGACCACAUACACAAAUAUAUGGGUUGCUUUUUUGAAUUUUCCAGCAAAACACCUCCAAAACAAUAAGUUAGGGGAUUAAGUUUAAGAUAAAUUAGAUCUUCAUCAUUUUUGAUACACACACAUUCUUGAUUAUGUGUUUCCACCUCCAACAGAAUAAAUUCUAUGGGGCUUUUCCUGAACAUGCUAAAUGUAGUCAUUAUGCAUUAGUGGGUUAAGAGAAAGGACAUUGUACAUAGCCUACCCAGUGCUGGAUUCUACUGUUAUAUAUAGUAACAAUGAUGACAGUGAUGAUGAUGAAGUUCAUCCCCAUAAGCAAUAAGAAUGACAACAAUAACAUGAGGAAAGAAGGGGGGAAACAAUAAAAAUAAUAAUUUUGAAAGAGCCACUUUGGUCCAGACUGAAACAUCUCAUCAACUGUGUGCCAUGAACUGUUGCACAGACAUUCAUGGUCCACAGUGAUCAAUCACACAGACUUUGGUGACCUGCUGACCUUUCCUGUACAUCUAACUAUUACAUGGACAUUUACAUUUAUUGCUAUGAAAUGCUACGGAUAUUCAGGGUCCCAAGAGGAUUAAUUAUAUUGACUGUGGUGAUCCACAUCAGGUCGAAAUAUCCACUUAGUGAAAUAUCUCAACAACUACUGGAGGUUCUGUUCCAUUCAACAUUCAGGAUACUGCUGUUGUGCAUGUUGGCUCACUGGAAAGACUCUGCUACACUAAAUGGAACAGAACCUUAAUUAGUAUCACUGGUAAUAUGUAUUAACUGUAUUUACCCCAAUAUUUCAUGUCAAAAUGACUGCUGUGAAAAUAGUCUAUUGUAUUAUAAUUUCCAAAAUAAAACCACCUGAAAGCA